GCCUUGUUUGUGUGUAAUUAUGUUUACUACAUUCUUUAAGGGAUUAACUUCAGUUGCUAAUAGAGCUUCUUCUGUUAAACAACCCAUACAAAAUAUUUACCGACAGGUUCAAACAGCAACAGCAGAUACUCCAUCAGCACUUGAAAAACUUCGUAACCAGUUACGUUACUAUGCAGUCGUUGAUAUUGCUGGACGUCCCUUUUUAGUAACAAAGAAUGACAAGGUGAUUGUCAAUCGCUUAAACGAUGUCAAGGUGGGCGAUGUUCUCAAGUUGGAUAAAGUGCGUGAAAUUGGAUCAAAAGAUUAUACAUUAAAGGGAACACCUUAUGUUCCUGAGAAUGUGUUUGAUAUUAAGGCUACAGUCAUUGAACACACUAAAAGUAAAUUAAUAAGAAUUGUAAAGAAGAAGAGAAGAAAGAACUACAAGCGUACUAUUGAACAUAAGCAAACCCACACUGUCUUGAGAAUAUCUGAUGUUGAUGUACUUUAAACACAUUGG